CCCCACCUUUUAUUGCAGGUUGGUGUAAAGUAAAAACGAGAGCAGACUGCAGCAAAGAUCUUCAUAUUCUUUCCUGCCCAACGACCCACGCCAAGAGCAGCCGAUUAACCCCGAUUUGACGAUUUUCUCAGACCUACAUUGGAAUGGCAGAAGGGAAAUAACCUCAGGAAACCACAAGGAUCAGCAAGGAUAAGUCCAUCAGGAAAGAUCCCAGAAACCUUGGGGAGAGCUCGAGGAUAGAAAGUAGAAACGAGAGAGGGGAUCUGUCAACAAUUGAAGCGAUCUGAGCAGCAAUAAAGAUGGAGGGAGUCGGAGCGCGACUGGGACGUUCCUCCACUCGAUACGGGCCGACGACGGUGUUUACCGGCCCUGUCCGGAGGUGGAAGAAGAGAUGGGUCCACGUAUUGCCGUCGUUAAAUAGUAAUUCUGCCCACAACGGUGGUCAGUCUCAUUCCAAUCUCAUCACCAACGGUACCGCCGCCGCGGCUUCCGGCGCUGCUAAUGGUAAUCAUAGUAGUUCGCAUCUCUUGCUUUACAAGUGGACUCCUUUACCCCAAUCCAACAACAGCAACAGCAACAGCAACACCAGCAAUAAGGACAGCGGCGGCGUCGCUGUUGCUACCGACGAAGCGCCUGAGGAGCCCCAAAGGCGCAAAUGCAAAUACAUCCCGGUGGCUUUGCUAGAGGCACAGAGAAUAGAAGCUGAUGAAGAAAUGAUUGAUGAUGAAGUUAAACCAAGCGACGGUGAAGGAAAUGUCGAUGACCCAGUUUCUACAUCUGCUGGGGUUGACGAAAAACCUGAUAUUAAUGAGUCGCCAAAAGAAAGCCAGGAUGAUGAACAAGUGGUACGGCAAGACCUGAAUGAGAGUACCUUAGAUUUGUGCUUAGGAUUGAACUCGCAUGAUCAUGAUUCGGAAUCAAAACCUGAGGAGCUUGGUCAAACUCAAUCUGUCCAGGUUGAUGAUUCAGCUCCUUCAUGAAAGGCAAUGCUAAAUUUGUUUGUUCUUGAUUUGAAGAAACUUUAUACCUUGAGUUGAUCAUUUGGUCAGAGCUUUUGUGCUUCUUAGAGGCAGGCGCAUUCACAUGACCAAUUUGAGUUGGUUCUUCUGCUGCUGACGUAACCGGGAUUGAUGCUUCAACAGAUUCAAUAUUUUAUGAUUUCAGUUGAGAAAUGGCUAAAUUUAAUCACACUAUGGUUGUUUCGUCAUUGACAAUUCCACUUUUUGAAUUCAGAUAUUGUUCGGCUUCUUUGUUAUGAACAUUACCUUCUAUUAUUCUUUUUGUUUAGCAUCUUUUCUGAUAUUCAUUACAAGAGACAUCUAGGUUUUACAUUUACAUCAAUCAUACUAGUCACUAGUCAGUUGAAAGUGAAAUCCAAACAAUGAAGUGCUUUGUUUGGGGAAUCAUCGUCCCUGGCGUUAAUGUUUUCCUGCUUCUACUUGGUCCAGAUGCCAGAUCCCCCUACCCAAGUGAAGCAAACCCCAAACCAAAAAAUUUAUUUUUUCGAAGGGGGUUGAGAUGUGUCUUCAAACCCUUCCCUCACGUGGUAAAGCUUCUUUCUUAGCUCUUGGGGAAUGUGGUGUGCUGCUUCUGUUGUUGUAGCUUUGCGACAAGAUGGGAUAGCUAUGCAUGUACAGGUAUUGAUGAUGAUGAUGUUGAUGGUGAGGAUGAUGAGCUGACAGAUAUGCAGCCUUUCAGCCGUUCAAGAAUGAGGUUGCGGCUAACUAGUCUGGCAUGUGAAGUAAGAGGAAGACCCUCUUUCACGCAUUCAUCAUAUUUCUCCAAAGCACAGACAAUAUCUCUGAAAUCUGGCCGCUUUGAUGGAUUAGCAGCCCAACAACACUUGAUUAAGUGUGCAAGUGCAGGCUGACAACUCGCUGGAAGCGGGGGUCGUUCCUUCUGUCAGAAACACCACCAAAGGAGGGAUAAUGCAAACAUCAGAAAGAGAUAUGGGAGGUGGCUCAUUUGAUGACUCAGUAAAUGAACGUCACUAGUCUUUUGGCAUGGAAUAAGGAGGAAAUCAGCUACAAACAGUGGAAAGUCUUACCUUCUCAGCCACUGCAUAUGCGGCCUGGACUGGAGUCAUUCCUUGAAAUGGAAGCAAAGCCGUGGUGAGCUCCCACAAGACAAUCCCAAAGCUAUAGACGUCGACUUUACGAGUGUAAGGUUUCUCCUUUAUCAUCUCCGGAGCCAUCCACCGAUAAGUGCCUUUGUUUCCUUUAGUCUCCAGGCAUUGUGUCUCUAGGCAUGAGGUACCAAAAUCUGCCACCUUAACCCGCAUCUCAUCGUUCAGAAGCAAAUUGUUUGAUUUCAAGUCUCUGUGAAUUACACCUUGUGAAUGAAGGUACUCCAUCCCUCGUGAUAUGUCGAGAGCUAGCCUCAGGAUCGUCUCUGUUGAUAGAGAGUAGGGCUCUUUCUUGUUGAGGUACAUUCUGAGUGUUCCUUGUGACAUAUACUCGGUGAUGAUGCAGUACACAGGGGGCUUCUUGCAUGCAGCAAUGAACUGAAUAAUAUACAGCAACGACAAUAACAGUAGGAGGAUUGAGCAAUUGUCCAUGGUUCUGACAAUUUAGGUUUUAGAGAACUAGAUCUAGAGUUCAGUGAUUGCAGAAGUGACCUAUACAUUUAUUCUCAGUUUCUCACUCCCUAGGCUGGUAUCAUACUUGAUAAGAUCUUGUUUAAGCCACAAGAAAGAAGAAAAGGAGGAAACAGUUACCUGCACGAUAUUGGGAUGAUAGAGCCGGGAGAGCAAAGCAACUUCAGAUUUGAACUGCUGCUCGAGGAGAGAUCUAGUCUCCUCUUUCUGGUUCGGGAUCCUGACCAUCUUAACAGCAACUGCUCUCUGCUUGUAGAUUCCUCGAUAUAUCCUACUGUGCGCCCCAGAGGCGAACUUGUUCCCUAUAAACAACUGAGAGAGGUCGGCUGUCCACUCCUCUUGGUCUUCCUUGGGAGAGGCCUCCCAGGUCUCCACGUUCUCAGACUCCAGUAUCAUGGACCAGGAUUCCAAGCUGUCGAACCUCUUCCUCUCCAUGGUCUCGGAGUUCAACUGGUGCCCUCUCGACGAUACGGAAGGUACUGCUAAUCUUCGUUUGCUCCUGGGUUUCCCAUGGCAGAAAGCAGGGAACCAAGAACCAGCCAUUGCAAUACUAAUAACUAACUUUUUCCCCAAGGAAAGAAGAUACAGAGGAUGCAGUGAUCAAGAGAGAGGGCCAUUUCAGGAAGUGCAUGAACUGAUUCAAAACGUAGGAAAGAAACAGGGAGAAGGUUUCAAGCUUUCAUGGCCGAACUGCAAAAUUGCAGGAGGGAGUUGAGAGAGAUGACAGACAUUGUGGAGUGGAGGUUGAUGUGAUGAGAUUAGAGGUGGGUUUUGGAACUGGCAUGGAAAGAUGAAAGAUGAUGAACACAGAGUGGGGGGAUUUCAGGGACGUCUCGUGAUUGUCCCAUCUGAAAGUUUGUAGCUUUUUAGUUGGAAUGGAAGGAAAGGAGGGCAGCUUUUUCCUCUUCCUUGCGCCUUCUCUGCUUUACGUAUUUCCUUCUUUAAGUUCUAACCCUUUCUCCCUUGCCCCGCAGUCUGAUGC